ACUCGUUCGUCUUCGAUCCCAAAACCCUAACCCUAACCCUAACCCUAACCCUCUCCAAAACCCUAACCCUAAACCCGCGAAUCUCCUCCUCGAUCGCCUUGAACCACUCGAUCCGGCGUCGAAAUCGCACCGGAUUGGGCUUUGAUGGAGGUCGAGGUCAAGCUCCGUCUCCCUGAUGCCGCUGCUCAUCAGCGCCUCUCUGAGGCUCUGGCUCCUCGCCAUCUCCGCACGCAUCUUCAGGAUAACCUUUUCUUUGAUGGAGCCGCUGGGGAGCUCUCCUCUCGGUUUGCAGUCCUUCGUCUUCGCUUCUACGAUGGUGAUACCCGUUGCGUGCUGUCGCUCAAGGCCCGUGCUCAGCUUUCCGGCGGUGUUAGCCGGGUUGAGGAGGAGGAGGAGGAUAUUGAGCCCACGCUUGGCAGAGCCUGCGCUGCCGAGCCUUGGCGGCUCGCUGAUCUUGCUAGCACUUCGUGUAUCAUGAAAAAGGUUGUGGAUGAGCUUGGGAUGAAGGGGGAUGGAGGAAAGGUGGGAGCUUUUGUUUGUUUUGGUGGGUUUAAGAAUGUUAGGUCUGUGUAUGGGUGGGAGGAGGGGCUUGUGCUUGAGCUGGAUGAGACUCAGUUUGAGUUUGGGACAAACUAUGAGCUGGAGUGCGAGACUGCUGAUCCGGAGAGGGCUAAGGAGCUGCUGGAGAAGUUCUUGAAGGACAUUGAAGUGCCGUAUGAGUAUGCGCAGGCUUCCAAGUAUGCGGUGUUUCGUGCUGGCAAGCUCUUGCCAUGAGAACAGGAUAUAUAUGUCACGUUGUUGUGUUUCAUGAACCUGUGAUUGAUUUGCAGCAAUGAACAGGAUGAAUCUUGACUAUUUAAAAAGGUAAUAAUUUGGUGUUAAUUACUUCGAAUAUCGAUUUCAUCUUUAAUCAGUCAACUUGAACAAUUUUUAUCUUGUCAUGCAUCAACUCUUCAUUGAAUAUUCCUCAGAACUACUACUUAUCGACGUCUUAUUUUUUUUUUAUUGUCAAGAUUACUUUCUUUUCUGUUGAAUACUGGCAAUUAUAUAAUCUAAACUUUUAAAUCCAAGUUAAGGAACUCCUUAUUUCACUAA